AUGAAAAGCGAAUACUGUAUUCUUCUGUUGUUAUUAUUGUCAGUCUGUUCGACAAGGCAGUCAACAAUAAGUACCGCUACAGAGCGGGGUAAUGAUUGUCCUGAAAGUCAGCCAUGGCCAUGCCGAACACCUAGAAUUUGUUUAUCAUUUGAUUUCAUAUGUGAUGGUGAGCCAGAUUGUCCUGAUUUAUACGAUGAAGACCCUGAAAUGUGCACUGCAAAACUGAGGCCAGCACAAGAACACUUAGCUGGAUUUAUCCAUCGAUAUCAAAAUUGGUUGAUACCAAGAUUUCUAGGCCAUGGAACGCCGGAAGAUUUGGCUGCUAAACUUGUCGAAAGUAAAACAGUAUCUGAUUAUGCAGUUGCCGCAAAGCUGAACUCAACACAACUGAAGAAUUUAAUUCAACUAAUGGAGGGUGUUAAAGCUGGCAAGGAAAUGGAAUUAUUUCUCUUGGGCAUGCCGUUAGGCGCAUGGAGUGAAUUGUACACUCUAUUUCAUCGUAUAUAUAUAAGUGGGUUUUUGGAUAAUAUAGAACCGGCUGAAAACUUUCAAUCACUAAGCAAACAUCAUAAAGAAGAAUUCUGGAAAAAUCAUCUUAAUCAACAAGUGAAACGCUUUCUUUAUUACUAA